AUGAAAAUACGAAGUGUACUUAUGAAAAUGGUGAUAUAUGACACUACAAGUAUAAAGAAUGCUAUCAGUAUUUGUGCCGAUUUUGAAAGCGUUGUGACGUUGGGUUUGGCCCAGAUCAAAAAAGAAAACAAUAUUGUGGUUGCCACCGCCGAUUUUGAAAGCGUUGUGAUGUUGGUUUUGGCCCAGGAUAGUGUGGUUGCUCCCGUCGAUUUCGAAAGUGUUGUGGCGUUGGUGUUGGCUCAGGUUAAAAAAGAAAACGAUGCUGUGGUUGCUCCUGUCGAUUUCGAAAGCGUUUGUGGUUGCUCCCGUCGAUUUCGAAAGCGUUGUAAUAAUGGUGUUGACCCAGAUUAA